AUGGGCAGAUUCCACCCUGACUGGCUCACUGUGGGCGUGCUUUUGGCGGUUUUCUUUCUUUGGUUGGAACCAGCCGAACCUUUCUACAGGCAGUUUCUUCUUUCUGAUCUGAGGCUCCAGCAUCCGUUUGCUGAACAGGAAAGAGUUACUGAUAACCAACUCUACUUUCUUUCGGCAGCUGUGCCCACCUUGAUCAUUGGACUUGCCCAAUUGGUUUCCAAGAAUGAGAGCCAAACUCCCAAGUACCACCUUUUGGGUCUCUGGGUAUCCCUUACGGUGAACGCGUGUGUUACCGAUUUGCUCAAGAACUGGAUCGGCAACCCCAGACCCGACUUUCUUGACCGCUGUUCGCCUGUGGAAGGGACCGUGACAGACGCGUUUGUCAUGGUCAAUGUUUGCACUUCACCAAGAGGCCCCUCGUCUAUUGUGGACGGAAUGAAGCUGACUCCGCUGGGUCACUCGUCUAUCGCUUUUUCGGGCCUCUUGUACUUGCUGAUAUGGGCCUGGCUGUGGGCCAGGGCUCAGAAGAAGGAGAUCAGGUACGCUUCGUUUUUGGUCAUUGCCGCUCCUACGAUAUUGGCCACCUACAUCGCCUUGAGCAGGGUCCAGGACUAUAGACACCAUUUCUUCGAUGUUUUCCUUGGUCUGUCCUUGGGAAUCGUCGCAGCUGUGCUUUCUUGGAUCAAGUACCAGUAG